UUCCACCAAAAGGGGGCUUUAGGCUGUUUCUUUUUCUCAGCUCUUCAUAUACCCCAAGAAUUAAAACAAGAAAAGAGGACCAGGAUAUUCAAGAACUUUGAAAGUCCACGUUACGUUUACAAGCAUCAAGAAGAUACAGUCAAAUCUAACGAAAUAACAAUGAGAACAUGCUUUUAUAAAUAGAACAACAUAGAUCAAUAUUCAGUCAAAACAUGUAUUAUGUUCUCCUCAAAGUAAAUUACUUUAUUAUGCUUAUAAGUCAUUGUUUGUUAACUUAUUAUUAAUUUACACACGACGUUCACGACCAUUUUUGAGAGCCAACUAUCGAAGAUGGAAGAAAAAACUCCACUGAUUAAAAAACGUUCCUCACGUGGCAUAACCAGCAAGUAGAAACCAAUUGGCAAAAAGAAUGCUUUUGACGUCACCAAACCGGUUACUUCUAACUGGUUAUCAGCUAGCUCGACGGACUGCAACGUAGUUUAUCAGCAAGCACUGGUGGUGAGGGCCGUAAUGACGGAAAUGUUAUAUUAAGAGUUGUAUUUAAAAUAUUUUAGUUUAAAUAAAUAUGGCUUUAAUAUUUAAAAACAGAUUAAUGAACAUUUUCCAUUAUUGUCUAAUAUAUAAUCCACAAAUGAAGUUAGGUUUUCGAGCUUUUCAUGCCUCUGCUAGUAUUUGGAAAGCUGAUGAUCGAAAAGCUAUGAUGGCGUCUCUUCCUCGAAAGGACGAAGGCGUACAAGGAGAGAAGUCUGUCGACAUUGAUUCUUUCAAACUGAUGAAAUUUGCUUUUCCCGAAGAAAAUACGAAUGAUAUGGUUGUAGAAGGAACUAGGUUUGCAGAGCUUCCAGUAUGUCAUAUUCAUGUCUCUUCCAACAAUACAAUAUUAACUAUUUCGGACUGGAAAGGUCGGCCACUGAUGCAUAGGUCAUGUGGAAUGGAAGGAUUCAAGAAUACAAAGAAAGGAACUAAUGUGGCUGCCCAAGCUGCUGCAUUAUCCUUAAGUAUGAAAGCACUUGAGAGGGGUAUCAAACAUGUACGUGUUUCAGUUAAAGGAUUGGGACCUGGAAGAAUGUCUUCUGUGAAAGGCUUACAGAUGGGUGGUAUGGAAAUAGUUUCUGUCACAGACACAACCCCAACACCAUCGACAGGAACACGGCCACGAAAGCGAAGAAGAAUAUGAGAUAGCAUAUUGGUUUUGUGUCCAGCCUAACCGGCGAAUGAAAAAAAAAAAGAUUCACUCAGGAUUAGUGAACUUGUUUGAACAUUUAAUUUGGAAUGUACCAAUAAAAAAUAUCAUUGCUUCUUAAAAUAUUGUAUUGAGAAAGCAUAAAGUUCGUAGUGAUAUAAGAAGAAUUGCUUGUCUCAAAAUCUUUCGAGAAUGUAUAGAUAUAUCUGGACGUGGAAAUAAUAAAGUAGUGUUCAACAGCGUGA